AGGACGCGCCGCGGAUUGAUACACACAGUGUGUGAGGAGGCUGGUGUUUGAAGAGGCGUUUUGCUCCCCAGUCCCCAAAACUUUUUCUAAACGUUUUUCCAGCGGAUCCGAUCACAUUGCGACGACAUCAAAUGGUUGUGUGACCGAACACGACGGAGGCGAUGCUGCACUGAUCUGAAGCUGCUCUUCAAUCUGCCGGACUGAGUUUGUGGUCGAGCCCAGCACUUCAGACUUCAGCCAGUCCUUCAACAUGGAGUUUUACUUUUUCCCAUCUUUGUGCUUUGUGACGCAUCGCUCAUCUUCCGACGCUUUGAUCGCAAUUCAGCAUUUCAGCCAAAACAGACAGCAUUCAGUCGGCAUAGACCCUUCUCGGGAAAACUCUCCUCAUUUGCACAGUCGACCUCAGAAUGUUCUCUUUCCUACUGGCUAACGACGGCCAAUCCUAGAGAAGAGGGGCGGAGCUAACACGGACAUAGGACAUAAUUGAUUGGAUGACGGAAAAUUUUGACACCUACCCACAAGCAACCUCAACAGAAUCGUCUCCCGGUUCAUCCAUACCGCCUUCGCCCUUGGAGCAUGAUGUCCAGGUGCCCUCCGACUUGGAGGUAAUGACCUCUCUCCUGAAAGAGGAACUUGCUCAACUCGAGGAUUAUUACCUGUUCGAAUCGACGCCUAUGAAAGUGGAGAAAUGGCAAAAAUGUGACAAAGGCUUACAAGCUAUGGCCGCCCAGUCAUAUUACCAGUUGCCCUGUACUUCGUACAAUGUAAACCAGUCCGAAACAAACCCCAGGCUUGUUACCCUGGCAACAGGGGAGCUCGACCUAAGAGGCUUCUGUGGGGGCUCGGUCGGCAGACCCAAAAUGUCUCGACCUGCCCCCUACAGCUAUGUUCGGACCCACUCCAGUAGCCAAAGGAUAGCAUCGAACGGAUGCAAAGACGUAGAAGUGUUCGAGAAAGAGACAUGGACUUUCAAAGGGACUCAUUCAGGUUACACAGAGAUGGCUUUUGACCAAUGUUCAGUGGACAAAAUAUUUGGGAAGAACCAUGCCAGCGCAAAGAAGGUCAGAGAAUGUGCAAUCUUGCUAAAGGAAGAAGAAAAGAACUGUUUUACGGAAGACGUUUUUUACAGAGCGGAGAUGAUGAAAAGUUACGACGUGCCGGUGGACGUCCACAACAAGAGAGAAGGUCAGAUUCACGGGAUGAAGAUGGCUGGUCAUGGUCACGAAGGUGUAGUGAUGCCGGCAAUGCACUGCGGGGAGAACGGAAGCAGCCCGCCGUUUAAACAUUCAGAAGUGGCCGAGUGUUACUUCAAUCAGAUCACUGCCAAUUUAGAACCGUACCACGGCUUUAUGAAUGAGCUGGAUCAAUCAGUCAGAACUGGGACUGUUGAAUCGCAGAAUAACAGUGGUUACUCACACCAUGAAUGCCUUGUAGAUCAAAGCUUUGAAUGUCUGUCUGGGGACUGCGUUAGAUCUCUGGAGUUUCCAGCGCAGAAACCAAUGCACAGGCCACGGGAGAACCCGUGUGUGUUCAAGCCAGAUGUCAAAGUAGGUCCCCCGGAGAGAAACCACGGAGAACGCAAGCAGAAGAAGAGAGAUCAGAACAAGACGGCUGCUUACAGGUACCGUCAGCGUAAGAGGGCGGAGCAGGACUGCUUGGAGGAGGAGCUUCACGGUUUGGAGGGGCGCAACAGGGAGCUGCGAGACAAAGCAGAGUCUGUGGAGCGAGAGAUACAGUACGUCAAAGACCUCCUAAUCGAAGUGUAUAAGGCUCGGAGUCAGCGCUCGAAAGAGGAUCCCAGUGCCUAAAUCUGUUCUCACCACCAGCAUUAAAAGAUCAGCUCUUUCUGCGAGGACUUUCUGACCAGAUCUGGAGGCAGCAUGCUUUUGAUUUUCCAAGUGUAGUUGGCAGAGCUCAAAAGAAGGGGAAAAAGGUCAUGAAUUUUUUUUUUUUUUUGCUUAAUCACUGGAAGUGCAGGCCAUACGAUGUGAUAAUGAAGGACUUUUUAAAUGUCUUGGAGCACUGUGAUAAUAAUAGCCUUGAGCUGAAACAACGCGAUACUCUUACUUAACAAUAGCAUUAAAGAGAUUAUGCAUUCUAUAAAUCCUCUUCAUCUUUGUAUUACAUUGCUCAGUGCGAAUUGCAUCAUCAUUUAUACCAAACUACGAGAAAUUAACAGCUAUUCUGCAUAUGCUAACUCGACCGGUGUGUAUUUAUAGUGAUCAUGCUAAUGGGGUGGGGCAUGGUACAGCUUAGUAAGAUGAUAAAACAGCUAUUUUAAAAUGAGUUAUUUUUUAUUUUGUAUGCUGUAACUAUAUAAAGAGCACUGUAACGUGACGUGAAGACGGAUCAUACGUCAUUUGCUUAUUUCAAUUCCAUGAUCUUUUUUAAUAUUUUCACAAUUUCUUUCAUUAUUUUGUCUUACGUGUACAGAAUUUUACGGAUUGUAGCUUAUGUAAUAGCGUAGGAUGCAGAAGCUUUCUUUUUCAAUAACACUUUAAAAAUACUGUACAUUUAUUACAACCAAUGUACUGUGGUUUAUAGCACACGAGUAAAAUUCUAGAUUUCUUGGUGACUCACUUCACUGGCUCAGGUACUGAAUGCAUGUCCGAAAUACUGAAAAAAGCAUGUUUGGGUUACUGGGAUUUACUGCAUGACCCACUAUAUGACUGCUUUGUGCAUUACGAUAGCGAGUAGACAUUAAUUAUUUCUGCCUUCGAUCUUUUAUCGUCAUUUACUUGAUCAACAUUGCGCACCAAAAAUAUUCAGUGUUUUUUUUUUUUUUUGUAUUUAUUUAGAAGGCAUGGAAUUGCAUUAAUUGAAUCAGCAUUAGGGGAGGGGGAGGGGUUUGUUUGCUUUCUUGUGCAGGUUUGCGGCAAACAAUCACUGUCAUUUGCUGAAAAUCUUAAAAAAAAAAAAAAAAAAAAAACUACUGUGGGCCUAAUGUCAUUUCUAUCUUUAAAUAUCCAGGUGCACAUUAGGCCUGCUGUAUAAAUAAGCCAUGCCCAACAAAAACGAUCAGUAUUGAAACACGACGAGCUAACGCGCGGUUAUUUUCUGCGUGUGGAAACAUGUAUGUGUAUCCGAAUCAAAUGGCACAAUAAACGCGAACCAAAUCA